AUGGCUAACGUCCAGGAUUUGCCGAUAGACAUUCAUAGUGGCAAACUCCUAGACUGGCUUAUUAGUCGGCGUCACUGUCAAAAAGACUGGCAGAAAAAUGUGCUUGUGAUUCGCGAGAAGAUCAAGCAUGCUAUGCUUGAUAUGCCAGAAUCCGAUGAAGUAAUGCAACUUCUUCAAGGAAGCUAUUUGAACUAUUUCCACUGUCAGCAAAUAAUCGAGAUUUUGCGUGAAACUGAAAAAGGAACAAAGAAUUUUUUGGGGUACUAUUCUUCGCAAAGGAUGAAGGAUUGGCAGGAAAUUGACUCUUUGUAUAGAAAAAACAAUAUAUACCUUGCAGAAUCAGCGCAGAUUUUCCAACGUCUCGUUCUAUAUGAGAUACCUGGACUAAAGAAACAAAUUACCAAAGCAGAACAAACAUUGGCGGAAUGUGCAAAGAAGGAGAAAGAUUACCACAAGCAGGCGGACGAUGGGCGAAAACUUUACGAGAAAGAGUUACACCGCAUCGGAAUUCAAGGUCAUGCUCUUCGGGCUGAGCUCUUGGCUCUGGCUGCUGAUCUGCCUUCUUUCUUUGCGAAGAUCACGAAUGAUAUCAUUAUGAAUUUAAAGGAUCCACUUGAAUAUUACAUUCAAUUUCGGCGCUACAUUCAUCAGAAUAAGAAUCUUUCUACAGAGAUUCUACCACUUCUCUCUCUUCUAAUUGAGAAAGGAUCGGGGCUCACAGCAUUCGAAUUCAAGUAUGGUACUCCUCCCCUUAGCAUAGAGCCACCGUCGUUUGAAUUGUUGUUGAAGGAAGAUGAGAAGACGACAGAAUGUGAAGAAAUCGAUUUCGGAGACGAUGCAAUCGACUUUGGGGACGACGGAGGUGUAGAAUCCUCCGCAGCUGAUGAUCUCAUCGAUGUUGUAGCAGAUACAAGCGGUGCUGUUGGAGAAUCUGUUGCCAGAGGUGAAGAUGCUCUUUGUGUCGUGGAGAAUCCAUAUACUCAAAACGUAAUCAAGACCGAACUUAAUGAACUGCUUAACUUUCUCACAAUGCGAAAAGAAGAUGAGGAAAGAGAGACGUCUUCGGAUCUCUUCAUUUGUGGAUUCGAAAAAAGACCUUCGGAAAUUAGCAAGGUAUCACCUGCCCGGCUGGCAGAAUGGAUCAGUAAGCUAAAAUCUAUUCUUGAUCAGCUAUCGGACCAACAAAAGAAGCACCUGUUCCGUAUAAGAUCUUCACCACAGUACGUCGAGAAACUUGUCGAUGAAAUCGAAGCUAAAAAGGGCUUAGAAGGUCGUUACCAAGGAAUGGCUGCAUUGAUGGUCGAGAAGCAAAAGGAAUCCCAAGAGCAGAUUGCGAAGGCUGCCCAAGAAUUGCAGUUGGUUGUUAAAUCUACGAAGCAGCUUCAAAAGCAGCUCGAGGAGGAAAUCUCAAAAAAAUACGAUGGUCGAAGAGUGAAUAUCAUGGGUGGGAUCACUGCAGCACUAGAUAGACGCUAA